GGCAUCCAUCAGAACGGGGGCUUCACCAAAGUGUGGUUCGCCAUGAAGACCUUCCUCACCCCCAGCAUUUUAAUCAUCAUGGUCUGGUACUGGCGGCGGAUCACACUGAUGACACGCGCUCCCGUCCUGCUGGAGAAGGUCAUCUUUGCUCUGGGAAUUUCCAUGACGUUCAUCAACAUCCCUGUGGAGUGGUUUUCCAUCGGAUUUGACUGGACAUGGAUGUUGCUCUUUGGAGACAUUCGACAAGGCAUCUUUUACGCCAUGCUCCUGUCAUUUUGGAUCAUCUUCUGCGGGGAGCACAUGAUGGACCAGAACGAGCGGAAUCGUCUCUCAGGGUACUGGAAGCAGGUUGGACCCAUAGCCGUCGGCUCCUUCUGCCUCUUCAUCUUUGACAUGUGUGAGAGGGGGGUGCAGCUGAAGAACCCCUUCUACAGCAUCUGGACCACCGAGGUGGGCACGGAGCUGGCUAUGGCCUUUAUUAUAGUGGCGGGGAUCUGCCUGUGUCUCUAUUUUCUCUUCCUGUGCUUUAUGGUCUUCCAAGUGUUCCGAAACAUCAGCGGGAAGCAGUCGAGCCUCCCGGCUAUGAGCAAGGCUCGCCGUCUUCAUUACGAGGGGCUGAUUUUUAGGUUCAAGUUCCUGAUGCUCAUCACCCUGGCUUGUGCGGCGAUGACGGUCAUCUUCUUCAUCGUCAGCCAGGUGACCGAAGGCCACUGGAAGUGGGGGGACAUCACGAUACAAGUGAACAGCGCCUUCUUCACCGGGAUCUACGGCAUGUGGAACCUCUACGUCUUUGCCCUCAUGUUCCUGUACGCGCCGUCGCACAAGAAUUACGGAGAAGACCAGUCAAACGGGGACCUGGGAGUGAACAGCGGGGAGGAGCUCCAGCUCACCACCACCAUCACCCACGUGGACGGCCCAACAGAGGUCUAUAAGCUGGCUCGCAAGGAGGCUCAGGAAUGAUGCUGAGAUGGGCUCAGCCGGGACCCGG